AAAAAAAGGACCAUAUAAAAUGUUAAAAUAAGACAGCUUUCACAUGAAAUAUGAAUGAUGUCAAUUUCCCUAAUAAGGAAGUAAAGUAUCUGAAUGUGUAAAAAGUAUUUUCAUUGAUAUAUUAUUUAUUUAUAACAGGUACUCCUAAAAUAACAAGACAAAAUUUGUGAAUAAAAUAAAGUGCUAACAAAAAUCAUUAUUUGCAAUAAUGUCAAAAUUAAGUGAAGAAAAUAACAGUUGGAGCAAAAAGUAUUAUUUGAUGUUUUAUACAGAUAUAAUUCAUGAAAUACAUAAGUAUUGGUCUUUUAUGCAUGAAACAACAUGGCAUCAAAAUAGAUGAAGCAACACAAUAGAAAUGAAAACAUGUGCACUCAUACCAACUUGUGUUCACAUUUUUCAUAGCAGCCUUAUUCAUAAUAAUGAAAAGUGAAAACAAUCCAAAUGUUCAUGAACUGAUAAAUGGGUAAAUAAAAUGUAUAUCCAUCUUAGUUGAAAAUAAAAAAUAAAUGAUUCACCUGUUCAUAAUACAACGUGGAUGAACCUUGAAAACAUUAUGGUGGGGGUAUUGUGGUACAGCAGGUUAAGCUGCUGCUUGGGACACCCACAUCCCAUACAGGAGUGCUGGUUUGCAAUCUGGCUCCUCUGCUUCCAAUCCAUCUUCUUGCUAUGGGGAGGCAGCAGAUGAUGGCUCAAGUGCUUGGGUCCCUGUCAUAUAUGUGGAGGACCCAAAUGGAGUUCCAGGCUGCUGUCUUUGGCCUGGUCCUAGCCUGGGUGUUUUAGGCAUUAGGUGAUGAGCCAAUAGAUGGAAAAUCUCUGUCUCUCAGUUUCUCUGCCUUUCAAAUAAAAUGAAGUAAAUAAAAUUAAAAAAAAAAAAAAAGAAGGAAACACUGUUCUCUCAUGGCAGAAACUAGAAGGGCAAGAGAGCUGAACACUGAAUGAAGCCUCUUUGAUAAGGGCCUUAAUCCUGGAGGGGAGAGGCCUUCAUAUUGGAAUCAUUUCUGAGUACCAUCACUUUGGGCCAUUAAGUUUCAUAACAACGAUCAAGUAAUUUCUGCUUCUCCCUUGAAGCAGGCUGUUGCAAAACAUGGCAGAUUUUGGAGUCAGAUGUUAUUCCAACAAAAUGGCUUCAAUUCUCUUUACUGUCUUAAAAAGCAUAACUUUUCUCAGCUGAGACUUUAUUCUUCUCGACAAUAUAAUUAGGGGAUUUUCUACUUUUCAUCGUUGUGUCCUCUCUUUUUUAUUUUUUUUCUUUUUUUAUUAUUAUAAUUUUUUUGAAAGGCAGAGUGGACAGUGAGAGAGAGAGACAGAGACAAAGGUCUUCCUUUUGCCGUUGGUUCACCCUCCAAUGGCCGCCACGGCCGGCGCACUGCAGCCAGCGCAUUGCGCUGAUCCGAAGCCAGGAGCCAGGUACUUAUCCUGGUCUCCCAUGGGGGUGCAGGGCCCAAGGACUUGGGCCAUCCUCCACUGCACUCCCAGGCCAUAGCAGAGAGCUGGCCUGGAAGAGGGGCAACCUGGACAGAAUCUGGCGCCCCGACCGGGACUAGAACCUGUUGUGCUGGCGCCACAAGGCGAAGGAUUAGCCUAUUGAGCCAUGGCGCCGGCUGUGUCCUCUCUUUUUAUAUUUAUUUAUUUGGACAACAUCUGCCUUCAUCAAAAUAUUCUCGGUUUGACUAUAUUUCUUUCUGUAGGUGCUUCCGUAUGUUCAUGAUUGUAUAAAUUACUUUCUAUUUUUAACCAGUACCUUAAAACCAUAUUUUUUUUUAAAUUACUCAACCACUGGCUCAUAGCUCCUUUUCUAUGUAUUUUUUUUAAAGAUUUAUUUAUUUAUUUGAAAGAGUUACACAUAGAGGAGAGGCGGGGUGGGGGGAGGGUCUUCCAUCCAAUGGUUCACUCCCCAGUUGGCCACAACAGCUGGAGCUGCAGCGAUCAGGAGCCAGGAGCCUCUUCCAAGGUCUCCCACGAGGAUGCAGGGGCCCAAGGACUUGGGCCAUCUUCUACUUCUUUCCCAGGCCAGAGAAGAGAGCUAGAUGGGAAGUGGAGCAGCCGGAUCAUGAACUGGUCCCCAUAUGGGAUGCCAGCGCUUCAAGCCAGGGUAUUAACCUCUGCGCCACAGUGCCAGCCCCCUUUUCUAUGCAUUUUUAAAGAGAUGUUCCUGCCGAAAACCUUGCCUAGAAUUGACUUUGUCUAGCAUUCCUUUAUGUGCCAUGGACAAUGAAGGGUCAAAAGAGGAGCACCUAGGACCUGAGGUGAAGGCAAGUUAGCAAAAUGCAAUCCUGAACAUUAAGGUGUAUUAACAGUAGGUAAUUGUUGAGUGUCACUGGAAGUGUUUGGAACCUGUAAAUCUAUGGGAACCUAGGGGUGGGCAACAGGCAAAGUUCAUGGACUGGGGUAAGUAGUCAGCACCAAGAAAUAUGUCUACCAAGGAGGACAUAUAAAAAGUAAUGUUAGCUUUCAAUGAAUUUCUUGAAUAAUGUGAUAGAAUUAAGGCUGAGAACUCCAGGAUCAAAAGAAUCAGUAGGGCUGUACUGGUUAAGAGUACAGUUGGACAAAGAACCAGGUUAAAAUCCGAUCCUCAUUCCUUUGUAAGCAUUCUAUCUGGGCUUCUGAGCUUCUCUUUCCUUACAUAUAAAGUGAAGGUGAUACCAUGUUGGCUGAGAGGAGUAAAGUCGUGUGUAGAGAGUUUCUGUUCCUAGCAGUUACUGUUACAAACAUUUAAGUCUGAUUUGACAAUGACUUAUUUUUUGAAUAACAUUAUCCUUAUCACUGUUAUACUUCAUAAUAUUCAGUGCUUUACCUGGAUGUAAUUUUCACUAUUUAAAAAGGCCUAUAAGAUAGUAAUCAUUUGCCUGUAAUAUAGGUAAACUACCUUAUUUUGCUUUGCUUGAAAUUUUAUUACUCUACUGUGAUCAACUCAUUUUCACUUGAAACUAUUUACUAGUUAUAUAUCAUUGUUUUAAUUCAUUAAUACAGUGAUAGAUAAUACUUUAAAAAUAUAUCUAUAAAAUAUCUAGUUGCUGUGUGAUGGUUCCAGGAGUUGGAUAUCACUUUAGAACAGGGAAAAUACUAUGUGGGUUAUAAAGAAAAUUCUUCAUUGUCCAUACUUCCUCUAAUCUUCCUCAGAAAACUCAGCAUGAUUUUAUGUCUUAGUUCUUAGGAAGUCUAUUGUUAUGCUUAAUUGACAAUGACCUCCCCUAUUUGCUUAUCUGCCCUCCUCCUGAGGAAUAGGAGCAGUUUAAAAAUGUAAGGCCUAAAUACUGUUGGCCAUAGGAAUACUUUUAGUCCCAAAGCAUCACAAAAGGCAAAUAAAUAUCCACAAUUCAAAAGUAAUCCUAAGUGCCUCUCCAAAGAGGAAGAAAAUUAUAUAAUGGGAUAAUGUAAAGCUUAGCAUAGAAUGUAAAUUCACAUUCUAAUAAUAUAAGUUUUCUACUAAAACAUGCAUUUUUCUUAUUAUACAAAAUUAUGCACUCAAAUUGAUGUAUUCGGUGCCUAACAGUAAUAAACACGUGGUAUGACAAAGUACUUGCUUUCUAGUAAGGAUUUCAAACACUAGAGGGCAGAGUGUUUCAAAGGUCAUUUUCAUUUCAGUUGACUUUUCUUUACUAUAAAAACACAAUCCCUACCAUGUCAGUCAUUCUUUGAUGUUAUUGGUUGGAUUUCAGAAAAAAAGUUGACCAUUUUGGAAGUGUCUAUGCAAUAUUCAUGAUCUGUUUUGAUAAUUUUGCUUAGACAGCAUAAUGAUCAGUGUUUGAAGUUAUACCAGAUUUGGUUGAACAUCCAUAUUUUCCCCAUUUCUGGUUAAAGUCUAUGUUUCUGAUUUCUGAAAGUGAUUACUUUUUAAAAAAAAGUUCUAUAUACGUCUGUAUCUUGUAGUGAAUGUUAUAAAUCCAUAGUAAUGAUGUAAAGUGAGAAGAAUGAGAUUUGAUAUGUGUAUAUCUUACAGCACAUAUGCCCUUUUAUGCUCUAUUUACACUAAAAGCAUUCUGGAAGAGCCACCUGCCAGCUAAUGAUCUUUUUCAAAUGUUGUAAUUAUAAUUUAGAGGUAGCAUCACAUUUUUGGAAAAAUUUUAUGUAGGGUUUAGGUAGUGGGUCAACAUAUCAAGUGAAACUGAAUAUAAUGAAAAUUACACUCAAAAAUCUCUUAAAUUCAUGGCGUUCAUUAGACAGAAAUACUGUUUCUCAGUAUGCCCAGUCCUGCUGGUUCACCCUUCACAGUUGUAACUCUCCUACUCUUCUACUGAUCAUCAGAUGAUGAAGUAGUUGACUAACAUAUAUGUAAUUUUAAAGAAUGUAUUUCUUUCUCUUCUCUGUCAUCAUUUUCUGUUGCAGAUUGAAACACUGUUCUGGAGUGGUAGCCAUUCAUAGGAGAGGCACAACCUCACAUAGAAAUGUGGUCAAAACUUGAAUUUUUAUUAUAAGUUUCUUCAAUGAGAAUAGAGAAUUCAUAGAUUUAUCUCUCGAUAAGUACUGUCCUGCCACUGUAGGGUUUAGCACUGAUGAUCCCUCUUUAGAGAAAGCUUAUAAAGGGAGAAGACUAGGAAAAGAGUAAAAAUUAAAAAAAAAAAAAGAAAGAAAACCUUGAGUAAAUUUUAGAAUUAUUUGCUUUUAAAUUAAUUGCAAGACAGGGGGCUGGCGCUGUGGCAUAGCUGGUGAGACCACCGCCUGCAAUGCUGGCAUCCCAUGUGGGUGCCGGUUUGGGUCCCUGCUGCUCCACUUCCCAUCGAGCUCUCUGCUGUGGCCUGGGAAAGCAGUGGAAGACAGCCCUUAGUCCUUGGGCCCUUGUGCCCAUGUGGGAAACCCGGGGGAGGCUCCUGGCUCCUGGCUUUGGAUCAGCGCAGCUCCAGCCAUUGUAGCCAUCUGGGAAGGAUUCUCUCUCUCUCUCUCUCUCUCUCUGCCUCUCCUUCUCUUCCUGGGUAGCUCUGACUUUCAGAUGAAUAAAUGGAUCUUUCAAAAAAAUUGUAACAGUUAAAAAAUUAGUAGCCAGAGGAAUAGCUUAGCUCAUUAAGCCUCUCUUCUCUGUCUUUGCUUACCUUUAAAUCCAGUUUUUUAAACAAAACAAAAUCUGUGUAUUUUGUGUUUUAAAUUAUCUUAACCAUGUCCUCAUGCUAGUUUCUUUAGAGCAUGAGCAACAUUAAAAUGAAAGGCAGUAGAAAAAUGACUUGUUAUCCAAGUUUAUUUUUUAGAUUAUUUACUUAUUUGAAAUUCAGAGUUACACAGAGAGAAGGAGAGGCAGAGAGAGAGAGAGAGAGAGAGGUCUUCUAUCCACUGGUUCACCCCCAAGUUGGUCGCAAUGGCCGGAGCCAUGCCGAUCUGAAGCCAGGACCCAAGAGCUUCCUCCAGGUCUCCCACAUGGGUGCAGGGGCCCAAGGACUAUGGGCCAUCCUCUAAAAAGUCAGAACUAAAGAGGAUUUCUUCAAAAAUAACUACUAGGGAGUCCAUUGUUGUGGUACAGUGGGUUAAACUACUGCUUGCUAUAUCAGCACCCCAUAUCUGAAUGCUAGUUCAAGUUCUAGCUACUCUGCUUCUGGUCCAGCUUCUUGCUAAUGCACCUGAAAAGGCAGCAGAAGUUGGCCCAAGCAUGGGAAAUCAGGAUGGAGUUCCUGACUCUUGGCUUAGACCUGGCCCAGACCUGGCUGCUGAAGCCCUUUGGGGAGUGAAUCAGAGUAUGGAAGAUGAUGUAUCUCCUCCUCUCUCUCUGUCACUAAGCCUUUCAAAUAAAUAAAAAACAAAAUCUGUUUUAAAAUUACCAUAAGAAGGGCCAGUGUUGUGGCACUAUAGGUUAGGCUGCUCUCUGCCAUUCCAUUAUCCCCUGUGAGUGCUGGUUUGAGUCCUGGCUGCUCCACUUCUGAUCUAGCUCCCUACUAAUGCACCUGGGGAAGCAAUCGAGAGUGGCCCAAGUACUUGAACACCUGCCACCCAUGUGGGAGACUCUGAUGGAGUUCCAUCCUCCUGGCUUCAGCCUGGCCCAGCCCUGGCCAUAGUGGCCAUUUGGGGAGUGAACCAAUGAACAGAAGAUAUGUUUGUCUGUCUGUCUGUCUGUCUGUCUCUCUGCCUCUGUAAUUCUACCUUUCAAAUAAAUAAAUAAAUCUUUUUUAAAAAAUUUACCAUUGGGGCAAGAUAAUACAUGAUUUUAAAAGCUUACUAGAUGGAAGAGAUUAGACUGUCAAGGAGACAGAGCACUGAGGUAUGCUGUCCAUGCAAUUUUCAAAUCAAACAUAAUUGCUUAAAUUUUAAGUUUACCCUACAGUUUCUAGUUAGGUGAAAGAAAAAAUAAUUAAAGAUCAACAAGUUUAUAAUUUUACAUGUUCUUUACUAUGUACCCUUCUACAUAAGUCAUAUUGGGGCAAUAAAAUUACAUUUACAUAAUUAGAAUCCUUUAACACUAGUCCGUGUACCUUUGUUUGCUAUCAUUAUCAAAGAAAUAAUUUCUUGUGACAAGUAUGUACAAUAUGAUGAGACCAAAUAUUUCAUCAGAUGUAAAAACAGCCUGGAAACAUAUUUCAGGCCAUUUUGUGUAUCUGUUGAAUUCAGCUGAGAUCCAUUUCUCCUUAUUGGCUUUGCUAUUCUGCUUUAAUUAGGUUUUUCAAGAUAAUAAAGUAUGGAUGCUUAGAAUUUCAAACUUUUGGUUUAUAUUAUUUAAUUCUAGUCCCAUAAUAGCUUUAGAGAGAAAAGAAAAUGGGUUGUUACCCAUAGUUUACUGAUGGUGAAUCUGAGGGUUAGAGUGAUUUAAGUGACUUACCCUGGUGGAUGGCUAAGCUACUGUUAUAAUUCCAGUGAGAAGGCUAGUCAGAUUACCUGUAUUUUCUACUACAAUUCUGUCCUUUUUAGUGCCAUUUUAUAGAGGUCAUAAUUGUUUUUAGAGAUUAAUGCAUCAUAAAUCUAUGAUCCACAAAUACAUAAUGAUAUCACAAUUAUUGUAAUGAAAAUUUUAAUAAAUAGAUUUACCUAGUUUCCUUUGUGUUAUAUCGGAAUAUUUCAUUAUGUAAGUGCUGGUAGAAUAGAAAAUACAGAUUGAUAUAAUUUUCUACAGAAUUGCCUUGUUUAAAUAGAUGAAAUAUAUGAAUAUAGUGCCAGGGGACCAUGUCCCAGGAUUCUAGUGAAAAGUUUUUUUCUAUACAAGUCAAGUCAGGGCCAUGUGCAGAACACGUCAGAGGAGCAACAUGAUGACAAUCUGUACAUUGACAUUUUGCCUGCCUACUCUUCCCGUGAUUCCUUUUGAAAGCUAUCCUACUACCCACAGGAAGAGAAGGAACCUUUCUGGAUUCCUGGGAGCAGUAUUGGGGGUGUGCAGAAAACUGUGACAAGAGAAAGGUUCUGCAGGCCCAGUAGAAGGAGGGGCCUCCAGAAGCGUGGGAUAGAAUAGUGACCCUAAUCCACUAAUAUUUGAUUUGGAAAUUUCCUUGAUUAUAAAUAAAGGCUCUGUGCACUUUCAGUAAAGUUAGUGUGUUGUGAAUCUUUUCGAAUCUAGAAGGACCACAGGAGACAGUGUUCCUCUCUUUGAAGUUGUUACCAUUACUACUUUGUUAUUCAGUUAGCCGAUGGUCCUGCAGUUUUGGUGUAUCUGAUAUAUACCACCUCAAUAAAAAAUGUUUACUUAGCUUUCUAAUAUUUCUAAGUUUUUAAAAAAUUUUCUCUAAAGUUCUAGACAGUUCCUUAUGCUGCAACAAAAUAUUAUUGUCUAAUUUUAACAUUUAACUCAGUAAAUUAUAAAGGUAUUAUAGACAUUAUUGGCUUGCUGAAGUAUUAUUUUAUUACCUCAGUAUGCAGUUUUUUGUUUUUGUCUACUUACUGUAUUUUCAAUGUAUAUUUGCAUAGUUCUGUAUUGGGAAUUCAGAAGAGUAAAACCUGAGGAGGAAUCAGUAAGAGAGGAAUUUAUAGCUUUAAGGCAUGAGGAGCUUACAGCUUUUUAGUAUAAAUUGGUCCCAGAAUCCAUGUCACAGCUCCUUAUAUGGUGCUGCUUUUUUUUUUUUCCUGUUGGUUGCUAUGACAACAGCAGCACUGCACCAUUCAUCAGCUCUGGACCUGGGCUGCACUGCUAGCCUUCCGUGUUACUCUUGAAUGUUAGGAAGAACAUCCGUGAAUCAUUCACUCUGUUAAUGCUGCGCCAUUAGAAACCUAAGAAACAGUUCUUCUAGCAAUUUGCUGUAACAGAAAGGUAAACUAAACUGCGCCAGAGAGAAAAAAUUAUAAAAAAGACUUUUUUUUCCCCUAAGGGAAUCAUGCAAUCUAUAUUUGCUGCAGUGUUAUGAAAGAAUAGGCUUAUGUCAAGCAAUCUAAUGAAAAUUCAGGUGUAGAGUCGUCUUGAAAGCAUUAGUUGUUCAAAACAAAUACCACAUUGCUUCUCUGCCUACAAAAAGAAGCAGGUGAAACUGUUGUUAGGAGUUCCUUGUCCCUGUGGGAGCAGCGCUUGUGCUUUGGGACCACAACCGACAUCUGCUGUAAGAAGUAUCACCUGUAAUGCACAGUAAGUUCUGAGCAGUGUGAGGAGCUGGCUGAAGAUGAUUAAAGGGUGGAUCAUUACUGAUGUGUCAAGUCUGAUAGCAACAUGACCAGUGAAUAAGAAGCCUUUCAAGUUUUCAGGGAAAAGACCGUAGUAUUGACCUACGUGGAAGAAAAAUUAAAGCCUCCCCUCUGAGGAAGGCAAAGUUUGUUGAGAGCCCACGAAUUCCAGAAUCCGAGCUUGGCUCACCAACCCUCACUUCAGCUCAGAAACUGGACGUGGAUGCAUACUGCCCUGGUGAUGCUGAACAGGACCUUGGACCCCCUCCAUCUGUAGAUGAGGCAGCAAACACACUCAUGACUCGUCUGGGUUUCCUCCUUGGAGAGAAAGUCACAGAAGUUCAGCCAGGUGACCAAUACAGUAUGGAAGUACAGGAUGAAAAUCAGACUUCAGCAAUCACCCAGCGAAUAAGUCCCUGUUCCACCCUAACUAGCAGCACUGCCUCUCCACCAGCCAGUAGCCCCUGCUCCACCCUCCCACCUGUUAGUACAAAUGCAACUGCCAAGGAUUGCAGCUAUGGGGCUGUUACUAGUCCAACUUCCACCCUUGAAAGCAGAGAUAGUGGCAUCAUUGCUACAUUGACAAGCUAUUCUGAAAAUGUGGAACGCACGAAGUAUGUUGGGGAAAGCAGUAAAGAAUUAGGAUCUGGAGGAAACCUAAAACCAUGGCAGUCUCAAAAAUCUAGCAUGGACUCCUGUUUGUAUCGAGUAGAUGAAAAUAUGACUGCUUCUACCUAUAGCCUGAAUAAGAUCCCAGAGAGGAAUUUGGAAACAGUUUUAUCUCAGUCAGUACAGUCUAUACCUUUGUAUCUUAUGCCACGGCCAAAUUCAGUAGCAGCCACCAGCUCUGCCCACUUGGAGGACCUUGCUUACCUGGAUGAGCAGAGACAUACACCCUUGAGAACCUCUCUUCGAAUGCCAAGGCAGAGUAUGGGCGGUGUACGCACACAGCAGGAUUUAAGAGUUCGCUUUGCACCUUAUAGGCCUCCAGACAUCUCCCUGAAGCCUCUGCUCUUUGAAGUGCCCAGCAUCACCACUGAGUCCGUGUUUGUUGGCCGGGACUGGGUUUUCCAUGAAAUAGAUGCUCAACUUCAAAGUUCAAAUGCCAGCGUGAACCAAGGAGUAGUGAUUGUGGGAAACAUUGGGUUUGGGAAAACGGCCAUCAUCUCCAGACUAGUGGCACUCAGCUGCCACGGGACCCGGAUGAGACAGAUCGCCUCAGACAGCCCACACGCCUCCCCCAAACAUGUGGAUGCCAACAGAGAGCUACCACUCACACAGCCACCUUCAGCCCACUCAUCUAUCACCAGUGGAAGCUGCCCAGGGACUCCAGAAAUGCGCAGGCGACAGGAGGAGGCUAUGCGAAGACUAGCCUCACAGGUGGUUGCCUAUCACUAUUGCCAAGCAGAUAACGCCUAUACCUGCCUGGUACCAGAAUUUGUCCACAACGUUGCUGCCCUGCUCUGCCGCUCACCCCAGCUGACAGCCUACCGGGAACAGCUUCUCCGAGAGCCUCAUCUACAGAGCAUGCUGAGCCUUAGAUCCUGUGUUCAGGACCCCAUGGCCUCCUUCCGGAGGGGAGUCUUGGAGCCUUUGGAAAACCUCCACAAAGAGAGAAAAAUCCCAGAUGAAGAUUUCAUCAUUUUAAUUGAUGGAUUAAAUGAAGCAGAAUUUCACAAACCGGAUUAUGGGGAUACAAUUGUAUCAUUUCUGAGUAAAAUGAUUGGAAAAUUUCCUUCUUGGCUCAAACUAAUUGUAACAGUUAGGACCAGUUUACAGGAAAUUACCAAGCUGCUGCCUUUCCAUAGGAUUUUUUUGGAUCGACUAGAAGAGAAUGAAGCCAUAGACCAGGACCUGCAGGCUUACAUCCUGCACCGGAUCCACAGCAGCUCAGAGAUCCAGAAUAACAUUUCACUUAAUGGCAAAAUGGACAAUACUGCAUUUGGCAAGCUGAGUUCUCAUCUCAAGACCCUAAGUCAAGGGUCCUAUCUAUACCUGAAACUCACAUUUGACCUCAUAGAGAAAGGCUAUCUAGUGCUAAAGAGCUCUAGCUACAAAGUAGUUCCUGUUUCACUCUCCGAGGUUUAUUUACUCCAGUGCAAUAUGAAGUUCCCAACCCAGUCUUCCUUUGACCGGGUGAUGCCUCUUCUGAAUGUGGCAGUGGCCUCUCUGCACCCACUGACUGAUGAGCAUAUCUUCCAGGCCAUUAAUGCCGGUAGCAUUGAAGGCACAUUAGAAUGGGAGGAUUUUCAGCAGAGAAUGGAGAACCUCUCCAUGUUCCUAAUCAAGCGCAGAGACAUGACCCGUAUGUUUGUACAUCCGUCUUUUCGAGAGUGGCUUAUCUGGAGAGAAGAAGGAGAGAAAACCAAAUUUCUCUGUGAUCCCAGGAGUGGUCACACAUUGCUUGCCUUUUGGUUUUCCCGUCAAGAGGGAAAACUAAACCGACAACAAACCAUUGAACUGGGACAUCACAUCCUGAAAGCACAUAUUUUCAAGGGUUUGAGUAAAAAAGUUGGUGUAUCAUCCUCCAUCCUGCAAGGUCUCUGGAUCUCCUAUAGCACAGAAGGUCUUUCCAUGGCAUUGGCGUCUUUACGAAAUCUCUACACUCCAAAUAUCAAAGUUAGCCGACUACUGAUUCUGGGAGGUGCCAAUAUUAACUACCGGACAGAGGUUUUAAAUAAUGCUCCAAUUCUGUGUGUCCAGUCUCAUCUUGGUUACACAGAAAUGGUAGCCCUGCUGCUGGAGUUUGGGGCCAAUGUGGACGCCUCCUCUGAAAGUGGACUGACUCCUCUGGGCUAUGCUGCGGCCGCAGGGUUCCUGAGCAUCGUGGUGCUGCUGUGCAAGAAACGGGCCAAGGUGGAUCACCUGGAUAAGAACGGACAGUGUGCUUUGGUCCAUGCUGCACUCCGAGGUCACCUGGAGGUGGUCAAGUUUCUAAUUCAAUGUGACUGGACAAUGGCUGGACAACAGCAAGGAGUGUUUAAGAAAAGCCAGGCCAUCCAGCAAGCCCUCAUUGCUGCAGCCAGCAUGGGUUACACUGAGAUUGUCUCCUACCUACUUGAUCUUCCAGAGAAAGAUGAAGAGGAAGUGGAACGAGCCCAGAUUAACAGCUUUGACAGUCUCUGGGGAGAGACAGCCCUGACAGCAGCAGCCGGAAGGGGCAAACUGGAGGUAUGCCGUCUGCUCUUGGAACAAGGGGCAGCAGUGGCCCAGCCAAACCGCCGAGGGGCUGUGCCCCUAUUCAGCACUGUUCGCCAGGGCCACUGGCAGAUUGUUGAUCUCUUACUCACCCAUGGCGCCGAUGUCAACAUGGCGGACAAGCAGGGCCGCACCCCCCUGAUGAUGGCUGCUUCCGAAGGCCAUCUGGGCACUGUGGACUUCCUGCUUGCACAAGGUGCCUCCAUAGCUCUGAUGGACAAAGAAGGCUUGACAGCCCUCAGCUGGGCUUGUCUGAAGGGCCAUCUCUCAGUGGUUCGUUCUCUGGUGGACAAUGGAGCCGCCACAGACCACGCAGACAAGAACGGCCGCACCCCGCUGGACCUGGCCGCUUUCUAUGGUGACGCAGAGGUGGUCCAGUUCCUGGUGGAUCAUGGCGCCAUGAUCGAGCAUGUGGACUACAGCGGAAUGCGCCCUUUGGAUAGAGCAGUAGGGUGCCGGAACACUUCUGUUGUCGUCACUCUCCUGAAGAAAGGAGCCAAGAUAGGUUGUCAGACGUUACCGAGUCGCCCACGAGGUCCAGCCACGUGGGCGAUGGCCACCUCCAAACCAGACAUCAUGAUCAUCCUGUUGAGCAAGCUGAUGGAAGAGGGGGACAUGUUUUAUAAGAAAGGUAAAGUCAAGGAGGCUGCCCAGCGCUACCAGUACGCACUGAAGAAAUUCCCUAGAGAAGGGUUUGGUGAGGACUUGAAAACCUUCCGGGAACUAAAGGUGUCUCUCCUCCUCAACCUCUCUCGAUGCCGCAGGAAAAUGAACGAUUUUGGAAUGGCGGAGGAAUUUGCUACUAAGGCCCUGGAGCUGAAACCGAAAUCUUAUGAAGCUUACUAUGCAAGAGCAAGGGCCAAACGCAGCAGCAGCAGACAGUUUGCAGCAGCCUUAGAGGACCUGAAUGAGGCCAUCAAGCUGUGUCCAAACAACCGUGAGAUCCAGAGGCUGCUGCUAAGAGUGGAGGAGGAGUGUAGACAGCUGCAGCAGCAGCCGCAGCAGCCCCCGCCGCCGCCCCCGCCACAGCAGCCCCCGCAGCAGCUGCCAGAAGAACCGGAAGCUGAACCACCGCACGAGGAUGUGUACUCUGUACAAGACAUCCUGGAGGAGGAGUACCUGGAGCAGGACGUGGAAAAUGUCUCCAUCGGCCUCCAGACAGAGGCUCGGCCCAGCCAGGGGCUCCCAGUAAUCCAGAGCCCACCCUCCUCUCCAGCCCACCGGGACGCUGCUUACAUCUCCAGCUCACCUCUCGGCUCUCAUCAGGUUUUUGACUUCCGGUCCAGUAGUUCUGUAGGCUCUCCGACUAGACAAGGCUAUCAGCCCACCUCACCUGCUCUUUCUCCAACUCACCAGAACUCUCACUACAGGCCUAGUCCACCACAUACUUCCCCAGCUCAUCAGGCUGGAUCCUACCGAUUUAGCCCUCCUCCGGUGGGGGGACAGGGCAAAGAAUACCCAAGUCCUCCCCCUUCCCCACUUCGGAGAGGCCCUCAGUAUCGGGCCAGCCCCCCAGCUGAAAGUAUGAGUGUCUACAGAUCCCAGUCUGGUUCACCUGUGCGCUAUCAGCAAGAAACAAACGUUACUCAGCUUCCUGGCAGACCAAAGUCUCCAUUAUCCAAAAUGGCCCAGCGACCCUACCAGAUGCCUCAGCUUCCUGUGGCAGUUCCCCAGCAGGGGCUCAGGCUCCAGCCUGCCAAGGCCCAGAUUGUGAGAAGUAACCAGCCCAGCUCAGCAGUCCACUCAAGCACUGUCAUCCCAACGGGCGCCUAUGGGCAAGUAGCCCAUCCCAUGGCUAGUAAGUACCAGUCUUCACAAGGAGACAUAGGAGUGAGUCAGAGCCGGCUGGUUUAUCAAGGGUCAAUCGGAGGAAUUGUGGGGGACGGGAGACCAGUGCAGCAUGUCCAGGCCAGCUUGAGCGCGGGCGCCAUCUGUCAGCAUGGGGGGUUGACCAAAGAAGAUCUUCCACAGCGACCUUCAUCCGCAUAUCGAGGUGGCAUGCGAUACAGCCAGACACCACAGAUCGGGCGUAGCCAGUCAGCGUCCUAUUAUCCAGUCUGUCACUCAAAACUAGAUCUGGAGCGUUCCUCCAGCCAACUAGGUUCCCCUGAUGUGUCGCAUUUAAUAAGAAGACCUAUUAGUGUCAACCCCAGUGAAAUCAAACCCCACCCACCGACUCCCAGGCCACUGCUGCACUCGCAGAGUGUAGGCCUCCGCUUCUCUCCUUCCAGCAAUAGCAUCUCAUCCACCUCCAACCUGACUCCUACCUUCCGACCAUCUUCCUCGAUUCAGCAAAUGGAGAUCCCACUGAAACCGGCAUACGAUAGGUCAUGUGAUGAGCUGUCACCAGUGUCUCCCACUCAGGGAGGCUACCCCAGUGAGCCCACCCGAUCCAGGACCACACCAUUCAUGGGGAUCAUAGAUAAAACAGCCCGGACUCAACAGUACCCCCACCUUCACCAGCAGAAUCGGACCUGGGCAGUGUCAUCCGUAGACACCGUUCUCAGCCCCACGUCUCCAGGCAACCUGCCUCAGCCUGAGUCCUUCAGCCCCCCAUCAUCCAUCAGCAACAUUGCCUUUUAUAACAAAACCAACAAUGCACAGAAUGGCCAUUUGCUGGAGGACGACUAUUACAACCCCCAUGGGAUGCUGGCUAACGGGUCCCGUGGAGACCUCUUGGAGAGAGUCAGCCAGGCCGCCUCCUAUCCCGAUGUGAAGGUGGCUCGGACCCUACCUGUGGCUCAGGCAUACCAGGACAACCUGUACAGGCAGUUGUCCCGGGACCCUCGGCAAGGGCAGACGUCCCCUCUCAAACCAAAGAGACCAUUUGUGGAGUCUAAUGUUUAAAAGACGUGGGUUGGAGUGAGACCCGUACGUGUUCACUGCACAUUUUCAGGCUUGUUUCCACAUUUACGGUAGUUCUCUGGCUUAAUUUCUCAUGGAGUUCCUGUGUGGUGUUCAGAGGUGGCAGCCCACGUGCGGAAAUCCUUUGCAUGCAGCCGACCGGGAAGCUGGCCUCAGUGAGCCAGGACUUUGGUUUUUCUUGUCUGUGCCCCAGCCACAUGCUCUCUCCCUCUCUUCAGAUGCCGACGAGGAGAUGUCUGUGCUGUGUGCUUUAACCCAGGGAGAUCAGACACACUGUCAGCUUUCUCCAGGAGACAAUCGCUUUCACUGAUGUUCUUGUUGUGUAAAUGUCUUUUUCCUUUUUUUUUUUUUUUUUUUCCCCAAUAAGAUGUCCUUGUUUGUUUUCUUCUAGGAACCUAAGUAAGAGUGUGAUGCCCCCUGCCUUUGCAUUCCUGUCCAGUGUUACCCAGACAGCCGGCCCGGCACCCUCCCGCCACGGUUUCCUCCCCCAGACUGCCAGCUCCUGCAGUCCCCAGGGCUAGAACAUCCAUUUGAAUUAUUACUGGUCUCCUUAUGGGAGUAAAAAGAAUCUAGUAGAGGGAGAGAAGGAAGAAAUAUGUCUGUUAAUUUGGAAGAAAAACCCAAUGCAAUUACUAGGAAUAUCACUACAUUGAUUUUUCCAAGAAGCAUUUUAGGAACACUUAGAAACAAUCAGCCCUUUAAAUAUUUCAGUGAGCCAAGGAAACUAGAUGAGAAUUGUGGAUAUUUCUUGAAAAUUCAUUGAGACAUAUUCCUUAGAAAUUUAGUCAACAGUCAUCCUCUAAAAGCUACUGAUUAUCCAGGAAUAGUAAAGGGAAUAAAUAGAUAAAUAGAAAUUACCAAAAAGAUUAUUCCAGAUUCUAAAUGAAAGGCUGUAGAAACUCUGUCAUGGAGAAACCAACUUUUUAGAUCCGGAUCCAUCACAGGGCGCCCUAGUCCAUAAAGCGCAAACUCCCCAAGGGUUGGCUGGUGUAACAGUUCUUAGUGGGUCUUCGCCUGGAGCUGAGUCUUCUCCUGGCCCUCUUCUUAAACCGACAUGGAGUAGUGAGGAACAGAAGCCAGUCGGCUUCUCUGGGGACUGUUCGAUUCCCAGGGCCUCCACCAGCGCCCUCGCACUCCCUGCCAGUUGUUGUCUUUUCCAUUUCAAGAUCUAUGGCGUCUAGAAGUGUCCUGGGGGGAGUGCUGUUUGAAUAUAAGACAUUGCACAAAGUGUUUCUGCGUGAACAAAGACCUGUUUCAGUUUGCUUUCCAGCCCUGGGAGGGAGCCAGCACUUCCGAGCACCUUGUAGAUCCUGUGGUCCCUUAUUAACCUGACCUUUGAGGACUGAGGCACUAUGAAGCAGGUGUCGAGAACACUGAACCAAAGCCUUAGCACAGCCUGGCGCUGGCUGCACGUCCGACCGCUCACCCAGCAAACUAAACGGAAGAGCAUUAGUUGUCUGUUCUAGGAGUCAUUCUGCUCCCGUGAGUACAGGGCUCCAAGGGAGGGAGGUUUCCUGAUAACCCAGCUGUGAUCACACCCACAGUGUCCUCAGAAAGGGUCACUGGGCAGCGGAGCACAGAGCUGAGAAACAGCUCUUUACUAAUUUAGAUUCUGCCCAGCAGGUGGGCACGUCCUCUCCCUGGCCUCCCCCAGGCCUGGACUCAGCUGUGCUGAAUGCAAACAGCUGGGCCCCCCAGGACCCAGGCUCUUUUCCUCUAUCACAGAUGCUUAGGGACUGUGUCCUACUGGGCCAGAGCAGGCAGGCGUCAGUUCUCUCUCCCCUCCUUCUGUCCCUUCGCUCUCCUCCCCCCCGCCCCGAAGAUGAACUGCUCACUGUAGCCUCCGCCUAGAGCUGGAGUUCAGCAGCCCGGGCCCCUUCUCCGGCCAAGUUUCAGCUCUCAGUGUCUUUGCGGCUUACCCCUCUGUAACCACUGCUCACUGAGGAGCUGUUAUUCUCGGUGUCUGUUAGAAAAGGGCCCCUUCUUCUUUGGAAGGCCACAUACACCACCUGCACUCACCUGUUCAGGUGGGUGCACAGGUCCUGCGGUUUCGCAGACAGACCACUGAUCCCACUUCUCCCCAGGGUCUUUCCAUUUUCCUGGACCAGAGACGCAGGGGCUCUACCCUAUUGGACGAAAUGCCUAAACUAUCAACAGUCAGGAUCAGUUCUUCUGUAGCCAUUGUAGGAGGGAAGGACUAUCACCAGGGCACCCGUGGUGGUGACUGGGAAAUGCCGUGCGGGGCUUGUUGGGGCAGGAGACGGAACCCCCGUAAGCAGAUGCCUGUGCCCUGUUUUGCUACUUCACUGCCAUGGAAUGAUCUUAGUACUGUAUCUUCGCAAUGCCCCUUGCCCAGCGACAAGCACCUGCAGAGUCACUGUCUGGCUUCAGCUAGGGGGGACUUUUCAAAUGAAACUGGCAAGUCUGACUUAACCCAAUUGCAUCACCCUGAAACGGAGACAGGUGACAGACUGUCAGCUGGCAGGUUUGUCACCACCCUGUACGUCCCCUUUGCCCAGAAUUCCUCCACUGCUGGACCUGCAUCACAUCAUGUCUAUAAAUGGGUGCACUUUACUGUUUGAAUUUGUAACUCCGAUAAAUACUGGAUAUUUAAGUGUGAGUAGUGUCUUCAUUAGAAAAUAGCAGAAUCGCUCUUGUCUUUUAGUGUAUUUUUCAAGAAAAAAAACACAAGGAAAAGGAAGAAAUCAAGCAGUGGAUCACAACAUUUAUAGCACAAGAAAUAACUGUUGUAUAUAAGCAUCAAAAAGAUUAAGAAUUUUUAAAUACAAAAAAUAUUUACAGUGAUUUUAAAGUGCUUUUCCAGCAAUUUUCUUAGGGACUCCUGAGACAUGGUCACUUUAUUUACUGGAUCAGUAAGGCACACAACUAACAAUUAAAAAGUAAUGUUUAUUUACAAAGUAAAGGGAAAAUCUUGUAACAUGAGAAUUCGGCAUGGACAAAUGGAGACCAUUUUGUGUCUGCUGUUGUGCCGGGUGGCAGGCGUGCACUAUUAAAGUCCCAAGUUAAUAGAGCACAAGCCCUUCUCGUCUCUGUCCAACAUGACCCUUUUUAGAUGUGUUUAACUUAAACGCGAUGGCUCAGGAAAAUUCCAUGAGUUAGAAUCUUGUACAGUAUCCCAGGUCGUUGUCCAGAUGUACAAGUUUGCCAAUUUAGUUAAACCUGGAUUAUCCUGCAGUUUUCCUAAAUUAUUGUAAACAGAACAGCUUAGAGAAAAGUAUUCUCAAUCCUUAUAUUGUAUAGUAGUUUGUGAACCCCUCUCUAAAUAUUGGUAUUUUUAUAUUCCAGAGAUGUACCCAAUAGAAAAAUUAAAAGUUAAUCAGUAUCUACUUUAAUAUCCAUAAGUAUUUUUCCUUAGAUUUUAAUUACAUGCAGUGGGGUAUGUGGACGUCACUUGUGCUUCACCGUACUUUACCACUAGGUGUCACUGUGGCUCUGCACCACCCUUGUCUGGGAGCAAGGAUGGCAGCAUCUCCCUGGUGGGGCUGCUCGCAGAGCAGCCGGCAGGCCCAUAAGCUUAGAGGUUCAGGAACAAAGGCCUGGAAGGGGUCUUCGUGCACCGGUGCCAGCUGGGGCAAGCGAGCCCUUUAAACGCUCUUCAGAGGCUGGGAGAAGGCUGACUACAGAGCCCUCCCCGCACAGCCUUGCUCUGGUGGCUGGAUGGGUACGUAGAGGACCCUGACUUUCCCGGGAGCGCCUCUCUUCUCAGUUCCUCUCCACCGCAGACUCACAACUCUACAGGUGUCACAGUCGGGUAUCUGAUUCAAAAAUAGUUAUUUUUCUACUGCAGAAAUGCCUUGGACAGAACCAGAUCACUGAAGCUGCCGCAGAAUGGGGCGGGCUCCCCCCGGGGGUGGGAUGCACCCACCCCUGUGCCCAGGCUCCUGUCGAGGCUUCCAGAGCUCAGCAGGGCUGCCCACCCUGCCCCCCGCUUCUCAAGAAGUCGACCUGCAGGGGCGGCAGCUGCUGCCAGCGCGCCCAGGGCUGAGCUGCCCUGCUGGUGCUCAGUGGGAGACGUGGCUUUUUCUCCUUUUCCUCUAGGAAUUCCAGAGCCACCAUCUACCAUGACUAACAACAGUGAACAAAGGGCUUAGGGGUAAGCGCUACCUACAAAGACGUGUCAUGGAAACCUUCACCAUGCAAUGCCUUGAACUCAGCUCUGGCUGCUCCCAAGAAAAGGUGGCUGGCUGGGGGCCUGGACACAAGCACAAGGGGGCUGGUGGAGCCACUGUGCAGAGCUACUUGAAUCAUCACUGGGUCUUCAUCCACUGCUUUCACAACACAGACCACUCAAGGGCUGACGUGUCGCUGACCUUCCUCCCGGUGUCUGAUGCCUUGCGGCCACGUAAUGGCCACAGUCAGAGCUUUGAAAGUCAGUACCAAAUGAAUGCAUAAUUGGACACCAAAAACCAAGUGUUACUUCCAUGUCUCCUCACCCCAUCAUCUUAUUUCUUCCUGCUGACUCUGUGAGUCCGACACUAGGCUGAGCUGCCGGGCCAUAGCUGGAUGCAGGCCGGCAGCGCUGUCCUGCUCUCCCCCACCCCAGUAGACCUACUCUGUGGAAAGGAAGUGGCCUAGCUGCUUUGUUCUUAUAGCACUUGCUGGCUGGAUUUUUCUUUUGCUAAUCACUAACCAGAAAAUCUGGCUAGGGGGACUCAUCCCUUUGGUCCCCAGGACCAGAGUUAAUUCUGGAAAAUUCAGUACUUGAAUGUACCUGCCUUACUGUGUAUCAAUUUAUGGGAGAAAAAUAGACGAGAAAGAUGCUGGCUCCAGAUCUCCACUUCACUCAAGGUCAUUUUGGAAAUCCUGCAAGUUAAACUUCCCGUUGCGUUCCUCCAUAGCCCCCAUCUCCACCCCGCCCUUGGCUGACGCCUGCUGAGUGGGGCCAGUUCCUUGCCAGUCUCAGGGCAGGUCCACACGUAGGCACAGCCGCCCUCCCCCCCCCCCCCCCCAUCUAGCACAGCGUCUUCGUCUCUGUUCUGUCUCCUCCAAAUCCAAGCUGAUUUUAAUUAGUACAGACGUGUACAGUCUACAAUUAAAGAGUGAUUUGUACUAAUAGGAUUUUGAUUCUUCCUCUUUGCUGUCCUUUCAAGACACUUGCUGGAAAAAGCUUUAAUGCACUUCGUUUUCCUUUAGGUUUUCUAUAACUCGGAUGGAAAGGACUUCCUCUGUACAGUAUAUUAUCCAAUGCAUGUUUGUUCUCUCCUGAUAUAUCGACCGCCACACAGUUGUGAACUCGUGCAGUGGGGACGCCCCCAGCAGAGGCGCCUGGGCCCCUGCCUGCCAGGAAAGACCCUUUCCUUUGCUGUACUUGCUUGAGCAGUUGUAUUGUCUGUACAUGUGAGCUGUGUGAGAUAGAUGUGAAAAGUUCAAUGAAUGCAUUUCCCUGCCAUGUAUGCAGGCCGUCACCUGUACAGUGACCUGUAUGUAUGAAAGCAAAUGUACUUAUUUAUAAAGGGUUACCACUUGGAA